UUGGCAGCUUCCAGAAGGAUUCCUUUAGAAAGCAUAAGGUUUAAAGUCACAGAGAUUGCUUAGGAGGAAAUCUUUUUAAAACUCUAUUUCGUUAAGCGCCUUGAGAUCUUUUUAGUUUUUGGUUUUUAACACUAAUUUAGCUACAAAUUUAAAGAAUACUCCAUUAGUCCAUUAUGAAUGCUGGAAGUUUUAAUAACUUAGCACAAGUAUUCCUCCAAUCUCAACCGUCUGAUAUGAUUUGAUACAUCAUAAUUGAGCCGUUUUGAACUGUCUACUUUUACUCUCAAAAGAAAAUAACCAAGUAACGCUACUAGAAAAAGAAUAAUCAAGGGAGUGGAAGGUAUUAGAGUUAACAAGAAGGAAAUUCUUUAGUUCUGUUUCCUAAAUGGAGCCGAUAGCUACAUGCAGGAGUAGGAGGUCUUCCUCGUAUGAGAGGCUUGUGUUGGUAGGGUUGGGCCUUCUAGCUGUGAUCUCACCUCUAUAUAUCAACCGGAGACCGGUUAGUGAUCCCGAGGACGAUGAAGAAUCCAUCAGUCUCACUUCCUGGUUGCCUUUGCUACUGUUAUUGCUGAUCUUAGCCGUUGUUUUAUCUCAGUAUAUAGACAGGGGCUUUACAAGGACUAGCAAGUUUUCUUCAUUUGAGAGGCUUGUGGGUAUUGGCUUGGCCCUUUUAGCCGUGAUUUCACCUCUUUAUAUUAACCGCAGACCCGAGACUGAUUUAGAGCUUGAAGAACAACCCAUUAAAGUAGCUUCUUGGUUACCCUUACUUCCUCUGGCUCUGAUUGUGAUCAUUGCUUUAUCACUGUGUUUAGACCAGAGCCUUCCCAGGUUUGAUCCUUACUGGAUCCAUAGAGUUGGCGGAUCUUCAGGUGGAAUCGUUGUAAUUCUUGUGAUUCUCGCAUUGGUUUUGAAGUUCAAGACUGGAUAAAAUUGGAGAAACAAGCAGCUUCAUGUCAUAGACUUGAAUUUUCUUUUUCCUGCUGUACUUUGAUGAAAAAUUUUCCGCAAUUUCUUCUAAUUAAACACAUCUUUUGGUAUCCCUAGGAGGCUUUUUCUGUCUGAA